AUGAUGUCAACAUCGUCAGACUGGUACCUUCAAAAUAUUGCACCUGUUCUUCAAGGGGAAGGAGUGGCAGUGUUGGACCACUUCCUUCUUUUCCUUUCCCGGGACUUGCCAGAAGUUUAUCAGCGCCUACGGUGUAGAGUGCUCUACCACGCUUUACUUUUUACCAGUGAGACUCUGGGGCUUGGAGCGAAUGCUGUCGAAAGGCUCCACGCGGAGGGUCCUUAUGCAAUUGACUACCUCGUCAGCCUCGAAAGUGAUUUUUUUAUGACCAACAAAAGAAGCAGCAUUGCUGUCCUUCUUAGAGGACAUAGAUUUUACAUGGGGGCACAAAAGGAAACAUACCAGCCCUUUGUGCCAGCACUCCUCCCAGCACUAGCACAAGGAGCAGCUGGACAGGAAGAGUUGAGACAAAGGGUGCGUGAGCACAGAAAACAAGUGGCUGAGCUUCCCAUAAAGUCGAGUCGAUGGCACUUCUAUGAUAGGCCGUGGGAGUGUGUCUGCCACUGA